UUAUAGACUUAUAAUGGAUUCUUCACCAUCUCAUGAAGAAUCUGCUCCUCCAACUGAUGUGGCACCUCCAACGUUUAGUCCUCCGCCUACACCUUCUAGUCCAUCUGAUAGCUCACCACCACCUCCAUCUUCUAGUCCACCUCCUAGUUCACCGCCACCUGUAUCUUCUAGUCCACCUCCUAGUUCACCUCCACCUGAAUCAACUAGUCCGCCACCUAGUUCACCACCACCUCAAUCUUCUAGUCCACCACCAGCCUCACCUCCACCUGAACCAACUCCUUCUUCUCCUGUCAGUUCACCUCCACCAACUUCAUCACCUCCCCCUGCAUUGUCACCUCCGCCACACGUACAGAAUCCAGAACCUCCUCCAGCACCACAAUCACAUGGAAAUUCAUCCCCACCACAAUCUCCUGAACCUAAAAAAGGUUCAUCAUCAUCUUCACCACCUUCAUCCAACUCACCUGGGGAUGGAGGUGGAGGUGGAAAUUCACCACCAUCCCCAAUAUCUAAGUCAUCAGAUAAUUCGCCUCCUUCACCAGCCUCAGGCCCUCCUAAAGAUUCGCCACCUUCACCAGCUGCAUUAUCUCCAAGUAACUCACCAUCUUCUGAUUCACCCUCAAACUCAUCAACACCAACAUCUGUAAUACAAUGGUCACCACCACCUCCAUCCUCUAAUGGUGCACAAUCUUCUCUUAAUCCUCCUUCAUCACAAGUUCCUAGUAACCAUAGUUCCGGAAACCAUUCAACAGGAAGUCCAAAGCCUGCUGGUGGCAACAGCAAUGGUACUGCAGAGACAGUUUCCAUUGGCGUUGUAAUUGUUCUUUUUUUGGUUGGUAUCAUCGGAGCAGUUGCAUGGUGCAUACGGAAGCGAAAGAAGAAGAAUUCUGUCCAUUGUAGUGGUUAUGUCAAGCCAAUCUCUGCGUGCUCCUCUCCAAAAUCAGAGUCUGCUUUAUUGAAGGUCAAUGAAUCAACACCUGAGAGAAAUGGAACGAGCUCUAAUUUCCUCAAUUCUCCAGCAGACCCUGGAGGAUUCAACAGUGCAAAGACAUGGUUUACUUAUCAAGAACUUGUUGAGGCCACUAAUGAUUUUUCAGCGAAUAAUGAAUUAGGGAAGGGUGGAUUUGGUUCUGUAUACAAAGGCUAUCUAGCAGAUGGAAGAUAUGUCGCGGUAAAACAGCUAAAUAUUGGUGGGAGCCAGGGCGAACGGGAAUUUAGAGCUGAAGUUGAAAUCAUUAGCCGGAUACACCAUCGUCAUUUGGUUUCACUUGUAGGUUAUUGCAUUUCAGAGAACAAAAGGCUCCUCGUUUAUGACUAUGUAUCCAAUAAUACCCUUUACUUCCAUCUUCAUGCACAAGGGAGGCCUGUCAUGAAUUGGCCAACACGUGUUAAAAUUGCUGUUGGCGCAGCUCGUGGAAUAGCUUAUCUGCAUGAAGAUUGUUAUCCUCGUAUUAUUCACAGGGACAUUAAGUCAUCAAACAUUCUUUUAGAUGAUAACUUUGAGGCCCAUGUUGCUGAUUUUGGACUAGCUAAAUUAGCUCAGGAUGCAGAAAGUCAUAUCACAACACGUGUCGUGGGAACAUUUGGAUACAUGGCUCCUGAAUAUGCAUCAACUGGCAAGCUGACUGAAAAAUCUGAUGUAUAUUCCUUUGGUGUGGUGCUUCUGGAGCUAAUUACUGGAAGGAAGUCAGUGGAUACAUCUCAGCCUUCAGGGCAAGAGAAUCUAGUUGAGUGGGCACGACCUUUGCUUAGUCGAGCACUUCAAAAGGAGGAAUUAGAUCUGUUGGCAGAUCCGUGCCUUGAAAAGAACUACGUUGGCACGGAGAUGUUCCGAAUGAUUGAGGCUGCUGCAUCUUGCGUGCGUCACUCAUCUGCAAAGAGACCAGCAAUGGGACAGAUCAUGAGAGCUUUCGAUGGUAUGGCUAUACAAGAUCUGUCAAACGGGAUGAAAGUUGGUGAAAGUGCAAUACAUAGCGCUGCACUACAAUCUGCAGAAAUAAGUUGGUUUAGGAAAAUGGCAUUCGGUAAGCAAGAUUUUAGUUCGGAUUUUUUCAGCGAAAGUAAUCAGAAUAGUAGAGAGUCAAAUGAACAUCCUUAGAGGAUUUUAUAGAACAAAAAGGCUUAUUGAAGCUAUGUAUGGAUCUGUUGAUACAUCAAAGGUACCUUAUUAGCUUAGAGAUGCCUUGGUUUAGCUUUCAUAUGUAUAAGUUCCCUUUUGGCUUUGAGUAAUUUUCACUAUAACUAGUCUACUUCCCUUUGAAUGAUAAAAAGUCAGAAAGAUUGAG